AGAGAUCUCUCGAUUUGCGUUCUACAGCUCUCUGUUUCUCUCCCUCGUUCAGGAAUAGCAGAGGGGGUUCUGUAUAGGGUUCUUCGAAACAACAGUUCGGCGCGAGAUCCAGGUUUUGAAUUGGAUUCUUGUGAAGCGUUUCUAUUAGGGUUUGUUUUGUCAAUUGGCCAAUUAGUACUUGUGCUCAUCGCUGCAUUUAUUUUGGUUCGCUCAUUCAAUCUAGGGUUUUUGGAUUCUCUCCUGAAAGUGUUCAUCUGAUUCUUGAAAUUGAUUUGAUUAUUAAUUUCCUACUCGUGAGGAGUUCUGUUUUCGAUUAUAGUCGGAGAUUCAGAGUUGUCUUUCGUGGAACGUGAAGAGGGAGUGUUUCCUUUAGGUUUCUUGGUUCAUAUUUUGUGGUGCGAAGGGUUAUAGUGCUUGAAAGUGUUAUUCAGGAUUUGCGCCUUGAUUCUUUCAUUUGAAACCUGUGCUCCUCUGGCCUAUCAAUUUUCUGACAAGGAAUUUGUGUCACGGACUCCAGAAAUUGUGAAUAUUUGUAAUCAUACUCCUGGAGAACCCAGGACAUUGUUACCUCCGUGAAAUUGCAGACUUGGAUUUAGUUUUUAAUCUCAGGGGUUGAGUUGGACCAAGUAACUAUAGGACCUGGUUAAGUACACUUUUUCCUAGUUUCGGGGAAAGAUUUGGGAGAAAUGGCUGUUGUAGGACCUUUGAUCCAAACUUAUAGUGCACCUGCCGUGGCAUGAAUUCCUAUAUGUUGGGAUAUUGUUUUGCUGAUAUUGAUUUAUUGAACAAAACUUAUUGCCAACGUUGAUAUGUGCAGUUACUGGAAGUUGAUCUUAUGGCGCCGUCAAUUCCCGUAGAAUUUACUGGUCAAAAGAAAUCAAAGAAGUAUUUGCUUUCAGAGAUGGUUAAAUCACGGAAGUAUUCCAAAGAACAUUCCUCUGGUUUUGUUCCUGAUAACCAGUAUGCUGUUGAGACAAUGGGUGAAUCAGAGGGACUGGGGAGCUCUGGACACAUUGACGCUGAGAUGACUGCGGUCGAACAUUCGUCUGCUGCUCCCAAAAGGAAAUGCAUUAGUAUAAAUUCCGAUGGAUAUGAGAAUUUCUGUGUCCCCUUGCAAGUAUUGUCAUUAUCAAAGAUGUCACGAGUUGAGAGAAAGGAUUUGCAAUUGAGGUUUAAAAUGGAACUUGAAAAAAUACAAGUCCUUCAAAGGAGAGUUGCUUCUUAUAAUUCAAAUACUGUUGUACCCUCGCCGUCAAGUGAUAUUCAAAGAUCAAGUGAUGGUCAAAAGAGGCCUUUGUUAGAAACUGCUCUUAGGCCAAGUGAGAUGUUAGUCCCACGUAGAAAAAAUGGGGUCCCCCCUAGUCGUAAUGGGGCUCGGGUAAAGAAAAGUACAUCUGGGCAUUUUGAGUCAGUUAAGCCUGCUGUAGGAGUGAAUACUUCGAUCGCAGUGUUGAUGAAGCAAUGUGAUAGCUUACUUAAUCGUUUAAUGUCACAUCAAUAUGGUUGGGUUUUCAAUACCCCGGUUGAUGUGAUCAAAUCAAACAUUCCAGAUUAUUUCGAUAUCAUCAAGCAUCCAAUGGACUUGGGCACAAUCAAGAGCAAGAUCAGUGCAGGUCAAUAUUUAAGCCCAUUGGGUUUUGCUGACGAUGUGCGGCUUACUUUCUCUAAUGCCAUGACCUACAACCCUCCUGGAAAUUAUUUCUACACUAUGGCUGACACACUCAGGAAACAAUUUGAAAUGAAAUGGAAAGCUAUAGAGAAGAAACUUCCAGCAGCUACUGAUAUGCCCUCAGUUCCUUCAAGGGCAGAAGAUGUUCAUAUGGAAAAUGAAACCAUACCAGGAAUUCCACCCGCAAAAAAGAAGAAAGUUAGACCGAGUGACAAUGAGGUCAGGGCUGAGCCUGUUGGUCGAAUUAUGACUCAUGAGGCGAAGCAUAAUCUGAGCAUAGAGUUGGAGGCUCUAUUGUCGGAACUUCCUGAGAGCAUCAUUAACUUUCUGAAGGAGCAUGGUUCUAAUGAAUGCCAGAAUGGUGAGGACGAAAUUGAGAUUGAUCUUGAUGCUCUCAAUGAUGAUACCUUGUUUACUUUACGGAAUCUUUUAGAUGACCAUUUGUUGGAGAAGCGUAAAUCCGAGGCAAAAGUUGAACCGCGUCAAGUGGAGCUUGUCCUUGAGUCUGGACUGGGCAAUACAUUGAGGCAACCAUUCAAAGAGGAAGAUGACAAUGAUCCUGCAGAGGAAGAUGUAGAUAUUGUUGGCGGGAAUGAUGCUCCCAUUUCAAACUAUCCUUCCGUAGAGAUAGAGACAGAUGCACCCGGUAGGAACAUUAAAUGCACUAGUCCAAGUAGCUCCAAUAGUGAAUCAGUUUUGGAUUCUGGCAGUUCUCUGGAUAGCAAAUUGGAUGAAGCCAAGGAUACCAUUCCUGUCUUAGCAAGUAAGGAAAAGGAGAACCUGACUAGUGGAGCGGAUCUGGGGCAAAGUAAAAGUAAUGCUGGUGAUGCAGAAGAUGGAAGUAAACCUGUAAAUGGAUUGGGUGAAGUUGAUCUGCAUUCCCAAGAUAAACCAGUCAUUGCUGAGCCAUAUAUUCUCCAAGAGGGGGAGAGUGCUCUAUCUGAGAGACGAGUCUCCCCCGAAAAGCUCUAUCGUGCAGCUUUGCUGAGGAAUCGUUUUGCUGACGUAAUACUUAAGGCACAAGAAAAGGCACUUGAAAAGGGGGAUAAGCAGGAUCCUGAGAAAUUGCAGAUUGAGCGAGAAGAACUUGACCGGCGGCAAAAAGAAGAAAAGGCUAGGCUGCAAGCAGAGGCCAGGGCUGCCGAAGAGGCUAGAAGGAAAGCUGAAGCAGAAGCUGCAGUUGAAGCCAAAAGGAAGAGGGAAUUGGAGAGAGAAGCUGCACGUCAGGCUCUGCAGAAGAUGGAAAAGACUGUGGAUAUCAAUGAAAACAGUCAGUUCAUGGAAGAUCUAGAAAUGCUAAGGGCUUCUCAUGGUGAGGAUUUAACAAGUUUCAUGGAUGAAAUGAGCCCGGAUCUUUCUUUAAACGAUUUUGGUAGUUUCAAACUCCAAGGUAGUAACCCCUUGGAGCAACUUGGGUUAUACAUGAAGGAUGAGGAGGAGGAGGAGGAAGUCGAACCACCCCCAAUUCUUCCAGAUCCUGUGAAUGAUGUAGAGGAUGGAGAAAUUGAUUGAUUGGUUUGCCAGUUUAAUUAUUACAUCAGUCAAGGAGUAAAAGUGUGGAAAUGUUAAAAUCCUUGGUUUUUUAGCUUCUGAAGUCACAUUGCUUAUCACCCUUCUGUCUUUUUGAGCUCAGAACCUUGGAAAAAGAAUGAUGUUGGGGAAGGAUGGUCCGUAAGCUUUUGGUCUGGAGUCUGGACUAUAUUUUUGUCUUGAAUCCAUGACGUGCUUUUGAAUCUGGGUGAAUUUGCUAUGGAUUCAGACACUUCCCAUGAAAAUGAGGUUCUUUAUAUGUCUGGGCACAUAAUAUUCGCUCUGCAUGAUUUCUCGGAGACUUGGAGAUCUUUGAGUGGGAGGGAUUUUUUUGGUGUAGGUUGGUGUGAGGUUAUGGUAUUGGUGGUAUGUGCAUGCCAGUUUUAGGGAGGGGAGUUUAAUCACGAAAUGUAAAAUGUACAAAGUAUAGGUAUAUUAUGGUAAUGGUAUUUCUUGUUUUCUGAUUGCUUCUGGUUUGCUGCCAUUGGCAUUGUUUUGGAUACAGGUAGGUCAUUUGUUGGUGGUUGGAGUAAUAAUCCAUUUUUAAUUUCUGAAUGACCUCUACAUGUCCACUAGAAUCAAAGGAUAUGUUAUAUUUGGAAGGGUCAAAUGCAGUAAAUGAUUCCCUGCAACAGGUAUAGCCUAGAGUUGGAUUUCAUCAAUUGGCAAUUUCUAUUAUAUUAGGUUCUCUUCAGUA